AUGACCGACAUCAACAAUUCGGGCAAAGUCCUGGCUGAGCAAGACGAAUGGGUUGAGCAGAUCGACAAGACGAAUCAAGAUACUGAAAAUGGCACCACCAUCGAUGUUUUGCGGGCAAAGGAGCUCGAGAAGAAACUUUUGAGGAAGAUUGACACUAGAAUUCUUCCAUUUCUCGUUCUCAUCUAUGUGUGCAAUUAUCUAGACCGCAACUCAAUCACACAAGCCCGUCUAUAUGGCCUUCAGGAGGACACCCACGUCAAAGGCGCUGUGUACAACACCGCCAUCUCCAUCUUCUCGGCGGGCUACAUUGCCAUGCAGUUGCCCUCCUCCAUUCUGAUGACCAAAGUCAGACCUUCACUCUUCUUGCCCGGUUGUAUGAUUACUUGGGCUAUCGUUUCCGGUUGCACCGCCGCGACAAAUAGCCCUGCGAGCCUCCUGAUUGUUCGCUUCAUUCUCGGUCUUGUCGAGGCGCCCUUUUUUCCCGGUGCCAUCUAUUACUUAUCAUGCUGGUACACAAAGAAGGAGCUAGGAAUACGUAUGGCCUUCCUUGUUAGUGGCAUCUUACUCUCUAACGCUUUUGCCGGUCUCAUCUCCGCCGGCAUUCUUGAUGGUAUGACCGGAGUGACGAGACUGGCGAGCUGGAGAUGGUUGUUCAUACUUGAAGGUUUGAUGACCAUCGUCAUCGCUCUAGGGGCCAUCUUCUCCCUCCCCGACUACCCAGCAACGACAAAGUGGCUCAGUGACGAGGAGAAGACAAUCGCACAGCGCCGCCUGAUUGAGGAUGCUGGCGCGGAGGGCAUGUCGGAAGAGGAAGACAGUUCAUGGAAGAAGGGUCUCCUCUUGGCCGUCAAAGACUAUCGCUCGUGGAUCUUUGCCUGUUUGCAAAUGUCCGUCACUGCCAACAUUUCUUACUCGCACUUCUUUCCGACUCUGAUCAAGGAAAUUGGAUUCACCGACAACAUGACUGUUUUGCUGCUAACGUCGCCGCCCUACGUUUUCGGUUUCCUAUGGUGCAUCAGUCUCUGCUUCUAUGCCGACCGUGUACAAAAGCGGUCAAUUCCCGCCGCGACAUCCAUUUCCAUGGCCAUGGUGGCGACCGUCAUCCUUAUUGCGGUACCCUACAGCGACCAGUGGGUGCGCUACGCCUUUACUUUCCCACUGACGGGUGGUGCCUUUGGUGUCUAUGCCACGACCUACACAUGGCUCUCGUCCACCUUGGGCCAACCGCGCGUCAAAAAGGCGGCAGCAAUUGGUAUCGCCAAUACACUGGCCAACAUUGCGUCGCUCUACGCCAACUACUUUUGGCUUGACAAGUACGAGCCCACGUUCCAGGUCUCGUGGGGGAUCCUCCUAGCGUUUGAGUGCCUCGCUCUGACGUGUAUCCUCACCCUCCGGUAUAGCUUGAAGAGGUCGAACAGAAAGUUUGAUGAGCUUAGUGCAAGGAUAUCUACCAGUGAUGAGGCACAGAUUUCAGUUCUGAAAGAGGUAGAGCAGAGGGCAGUUGUCAACGGAUUUAGAUACGUGGUGUAG